AUGCAGUGCCAUGCAGUGCCAUGCAGUGGUAGGUUGAGUUUCCAAUGGCCAGCCGGCUGCAAACGCUGUGCAGUUCUUUUGGCUUUGAACAUCAUCGCCUUGAACAUCGUCGUCAUCGUGUUCCAAAGGCCCUUUUUAUGUCAACAACUCUCAGCUAAGAGCCCAGGAUGGACAGGAAGGACGAUAAAUCGAACGAACCCAGUGAGCCGAGUGAGUCAACUUGAAAACGUUUCUGAUACUGUCACCGUACGAUCGGUCAACCCUGUUGAUUCCGAGAAGCGAUACUUCCAGUCUUGUUUACCACAGUAUUUCUUGGAUCAUUUGACUAAAGAGUUCUACAAUCUUGCGGUUCGGCGGAGGGAUGGCCUGGAUGUUUUUCUGGAGACCUACAUCUCCCUGUGGCCCACUGAUGGCCUAGUGAUGUUUGACAUCGGUGCAGGCUGCUACGCCAGUGGCUCAGACUCUGAUUCAACACUGGCCAUCAAGUUCGCCAAGCACUUCGGCUGCGCCAAGAAUCGAUUUUUCGCCUUUGAACCACAACCAGAUGUGUUCAUGAAAACCAUGCAAUGCUUGAACAAGGAGUUGUUUCCGGAUCGCUUUUGCGUCGCUUUGGAAAAUGCAGCAUUCUCAAACGUGACCUCACGUCUCCAACUGGCAGGGAAGGCCAAUGUCGCCUCUCUGACGGGACACCUAGCUGAGUCCGGUCAUAAGAAACAUCCGGCGAAAGCGGAUCGGCCCUAUGCAGAAAGUAUGCAAGUGAUGGCCUGGGAUGUGGCCACCUAUGCUCGCUUGCAUAACCUGGCAAAGAUUGAUCUGCUGAAGAUUGACACAGAGGGACAUGAUUUCACAGUGGUGCAGGGUGCAUUGAGCAUGCUACGAGCCAAAGAGAUCAUGGUGGUGGUCAUGGAAGUGAGUGACAAGAUGAAUCCAGAUUUCUGGGGAGCUAGCUACCAAGGAGGAAAGCCUGUCUUCCACAGCAAGCACAUCGCAGAGCCCAACGUGAAAUCUGUGUGGCAAUUUAUGCUGAAUUUAAAUUACUUUGGUUUUUGGCUUGCAACCAAACGACUGGUGCCGCUUUCAGGGGCCUGCUGGGAUGAUCGUAUGGAAAUCUGCGGCGAUCCGCACGGAUACCUGAACAGCGGCAUUUGCUGGUUCGACAUUAUCUUCAUUCUGAACCAGGGCUAUGGGGCCGAAGAAGCGUUGAAACGUGCCGAAGAGAAGGCGGCCCGCGACGCCCAACGACGCGCUGAGAAGGAGCGCCAGGCAGAGUUGAAGGCCGAAGAGGAGCUGCGCCUCAGCGAGCAGCGGCAAAAAAUCAAGGCCGAGAAGGCGGCGGCCAAGGCGCGGAAAGUGGCGGAGCAAAAGGAGGAUGCGGAGCGCCGCAGAGAGGAGCGUGAAGCCGCAGCCAAAGAGCGGGAGGCUGAGAAAGCUCGGGAGGAACAGGAGACGGAAGCCCUUCGAGUCCAAGAACGUUUGGCGGAACAGGAGCGACUCCGAAAGGAGGAGGAAGCUGCGAAAGAGGUCGAGCGGCAGCGCCGCGCUGCGGCGCGCAAGGAGGAGGAGGAACGACAGAAACGCAUGGCCGAAGCAGCUGCAAAGGCACAGGCCGUUGCACCAAAAGAAGAGGAGUCGGACGCCGAAUCCUCGGGAUCCGACCUUCCCUUGGGCUUCAAUAGACUGGAGAAGAUUUCGGUGAAAAGUGGAGACAAGGGAUUGGGAGUCUUUGCACUGGAAGAGGUGCCUGAAGGAGAAAUGGUUUGCAGCAUUCCUGGUCCCGCCCUUCUGAGCGAUGGCUCUGGCUCCGGUUCCAGCACCGCGGACCUGGCGCGGCGGCUGCUGCUGGAACGAGAAAAGGGCAGCGGCUCAGAGUUCGAGCCGUACAUCAGUGUGCUACCCAAGGAGCUUCCCAAGAGUCACCCGCUGAUGUGGCCCCAUGACAUUUCUGUCCAGCAGCUGCUGGCCGGCAGCGUGCAUGGAAAGGCCGUUGCAGAAGAUCUACUGACUGAAGGCAAGGCGAAUCUGCAGCAGCUGAUGUCCGAAGGCUUCAGCGAAGACAUGUCCAGGUGGGCGCUGGUCAUCGUAGACACCCGCGCCUUCACCUUUCAGUCCGGGACGGCCCAGGAACGCUUGGCGCUGGUACCUCUCCUGGACCUUUUCAAUCACCGCACCGACGCACAGCUGUGGCAGUGCUCCUUCGAACCCGACGGGCCGGUGGAGGAUGGCGCCCUGCUAGUGGCAGAACGGCCCAUCCGGGCGAGGGAGGAGAUUUUUCAUCUUUAUAACGCCAAUUCCAGCGCCAUGCUGUGGAUGGUCUAUGGCUUUUUAGAGGAGUCCGAAAACCUCUUUGAAUCCGCGGGCAUCGAAGUCGAUUUGCGGUUUCCAACUUCUGACGGUCCAGAGCUGUGUGCAGCCAAAGAGUCAGCUGUGAAGGAUUAUUUGGACGACCUCAAUGAGAUCCACAUCCUGGAGCUGCCCCGAGACGCAGAGGCGGGUGGAGAGAUGAUGCCCUUGGCGCGGCUCUUGGCGAGUACCACCCCAGCGGAGCUCCAACGUGCCGUUGCCACCAACGGCGCCGAUGUCUGGAGUUCGCCGUCCAGAGAGGAUUUGGUGUUGGAACUGAAGGCACGAGCUUUGGUGAUCCAGUGGCUGUCGAAGGCCUUGGUCGUCUCAGACGCCGCGGCCGAGGGAAAGGCACCGGCGGUGAGCGCGGAAGGGCAGCAGCUGUGGAGGUCCGCAAAGCGUCUUCUCGAGUUGGAACGACCCGUGCUGCAGUUAGAGUUGGAUGCCUCUCAGAGGUUCGUGGCUGAUGGCGCAGCCGCCUUAGCUGACGACUUCAGGGCCUUUGUAGAAGCGCAGUGGUGUCGCGAGGGAGGAUGGAUGGGUGCAGGAUGA